CAUAAGAAGCAACGUACAGAAAUGACAAGAACAGAAGAAUCCAUAGAAGAAAAAUAAAUAGAGGCAUCAUCGUUCAUUGUUUUGUGCAACAAAAAAAAAAAAAACCUUGAAGUUCAGAAACAAAAAAUUCAGCGAAGAUGAUGCACAUGACUUUCUACUGGAGCAAAAAAGUGACACUCCUUUUCGAUUCAUGGAAAACCGAUUCAUGGACGAGUUAUGCACUGAGUCUACUCGCUUGUCUCAUCGUUUCAAUUUUCUAUCAAUUUCUUGAAAAUCGCCGAAUUCGUCUCAAGCUGUUAGCCUCCGGGAAGCCGUUUCCGGCGGCGAUCGAAGCUCCUCUUCUACGACGGACGUUUGCCGGAAGUGGAGCUAAAUUAGGCGUGAGAGUUGCCGGAGCUGUUCUGUUUGGAUUGAGCUCGGCGAUCGGGUAUUUCUUGAUGUUGUCUGUUAUGUCGUAUAACGGUGGUGUGUUUAUUGCUAUUGUUGUUGGUCUUGCUGUUGGUUAUUUGUUGUUUAGGAGUGAUGGUGAAGAUUCUGUUGUUGUUGAUAGUUCUUGCGCUUGUGCUUGAUUAUUGUUGUUAAUGGGUUUGUUAAUUUGUAUUAUUAUUAUUAUUAUUAUUAUUCCUAAGGUCUGUUGCAUAUGGGAACUUUAGAUCUUUUUGGUUUAUGGUAUGUAAGUUUAUGCACUUAUUGUAAUUAACUAAUUAUUAUCAAGAAAUUAUUAUUGUUAAGAUAA